AUGCCUCUUCACCGAUUCUACUACGCAAACGGUCUCUUCUCUGCCCAGGACAAGCUGGAGAUUUCAGAACGCAUCACCAAGAUUUAUACUACCACUGGUCUACCUGCCUUCUACGUUAUUGUCGUAUUCAAUGAAGUCCCUAGUGAUUCCAUCAUGAUUGGCGGUAAACCUGCCACCAACUUUGUUCGCGUCGUCAGUCAACAUUUGGCCAGAACUAUGGAUACGUAUGAGCGCAAGCAGACGGUUCUUAAUGCGCUUGAGGCGGCUUUCGGCCCUUAUGUCAAGGACAGAGGACUAGAUUGGGAGAUCCAUAUUGAAGAACAUGACAGAGAUACUUGGCGUCUCAACGGCAUCAACCCACCUAUGCCCAACACAGAUGCUGAAAAAUUGUGGGCCAAGGAAAAUAAGGCCAUCCCAUUUGAGCAGUCAAAGAUGUGA